AUGACCGUGCAUCAGUCCUCUCCUGUUCUCCUUGCCAACAGCAACAACAACGAGGUCAACCACAUGCUUGCCCUUACUACUCCCACCUGCAGGGACCCCAUGACUUUACCUCCUGAGAUCCUUAGGUGGAUUGCUUCUCAUCUCCAGAGCAACCGUCAUGCCCUGCACGCUUGUCUCCUGGUCUCCCGCGCUUGGUCCCAGGCCGCAGUCGAGUACCUCUACAAGGCCGAGCACAUGAUGGGCGACUAUGACUUUCGAUCAUUCUCCUCCAUCUCAGUCCCCACCUUCGCCUUUGAGAGUCUCACCCUGGAGGACGAUCCUGUUACUCUGGUCUCAUUGGGCAUUCCCCGGAUCCCCAUCGGAUCAGCAGCCGUAUUCUCGAGCAAGGAAUCCUCCGAUCUGUCCCCAGCCAUGGUCCCCCUCCAGCAGUCCUCAAUCCAGACACACAACAAAACAAGAAACGAUCUCGAGGGUUUCCGCUCUGAAGCCCGCUCGCGCCUUUUGCUGAAGAGAACCCUCGACGCCUCCCUCCUCCAUGAUGCACAAUGCUCCUACGAUUACAUCUCCUACCUCAACAAGGUCUCAUGUCCCUGGUUCGUUGAUUUGAUCCAAGAUUGGAAUCCGUUUUGCUCAAACUGGCGCGGAACGAGCUCGAGGGGACAGAUGACGGAUCACUCUGCAGACCUCCUUCUCGACUCAGAGCCAUCCAUUGCUCGACAGGAACACUGCUUCAACCGUUUGGUGCGCAAGGUCUCAAAGCGCUGUCGAUUCGUUGACGAAUUCAGGUCCAGCAGCAUGGUUCACCCCAACACACUUAUCUAUGCCGUCCAACACUUUCAGAAACUCACCUGGGUCGAUCUCAAGGAUUGCCAGGAACUGAACGAUGAUGUCUUCAAGGCCCUUGCACGCACAGUCCGUGCUCUCUCCUAUCUCCGACUGCCUGGUAGCAAACUUAAGAAUGUGUCUGCUCAAGCCAUUUCCGAUGUGAUCUUGGCUCAGAAGAAGAACACGCUCUGCCAGUUCAAGGUCAUUCACGGAACCAACAUCUUUGAGGACGACUCAAUCCUCAAGGCCAUUGGCGAACAACACGGCGGAUCCAUGAAACGACUGACGUUGGCCAUCAGUGAGCUUGAACAUUCGGGACUUCAGGAGUAUGGCCCUCUCUGCACUGGUUUGGUGUCGCUCAAUCUCGAGUACACCUCGGGAGUUACGGAUGAUGUCUUACUCCCCAUCCUCGAUACUUGUCGCCAGCUGGUCAAGCUUGACCUCACGGAGACCGAUUGCACUCAGGCGACUAUCCAGGGACUUUCGACUGCCUCGGAUGCAACUAUCCCUCAGGCCGGUCGCUUUGCCACCAUGAAGCGCCUAAUUCUCAACAACAUGGAUGCACCCUUUACCACCAACAUCUUCCUGGCCCUGGCGGAUGCCUGCCCCAACCUAGAGGAGCUUCACAUGAACAGCAUCCUCGCAGACUCUUUUCAAGACUUUCAGCCAUUUAUCAUUAAGAUGACCAAGCUCAAGGACCUGGACAUUGGCAAUGUGUUCCCCGAGUUGGCGGACGCCAACAUGAUCAGCAUUGUCGAUGCCCUUCCAGACUUGCGCUGGAUUUCUGUCGCCAACACACAGAUCACCAACGUCUCGCUUGCAUACUUGGCAGAGAAGGCUUCCAGUCUAUGCGAUCUCUGUAUUCUCGGAUGCGACCAGGUGACGAAGGAGGGAUUGAUUGCCUUCUUGGACAAUAUGACUAACAAGGCGGGAUUCCGUCGACUCGAUAUUGCAUACUGUCGGUUGGACGAGGCAGCGGUUACAGAGAUCCGGGAGAAGGCCAAGGAGCUGACGAUCCAGCAUGGAUUGAAUGAGUUGAUUGAGGUUGAGGGCGAUGACCAGUUCGCCAACAGCCUUACUGACGAGGAAGGAGAACGAGAAGAGGGAACUGAAGAUGAUGAUGAAGAGGGAGAAAAUGAAGCUGGAGAGGUCGAAGGCACUGUUGAGGAUGCAGAGGAUGAGGAGGGUCAAACUGCCCUUGAGGAAAUUGAGGAAGAUGAGGAGGAGGUUUUGGUGACUGGACUGGAUGCAGCCAUGAUCAUGAACCAGGACUCGGAGAGCGAAGCAGAGCAGGCAGACGAGUCCUCUGAAGAUGAGGAGGACCUGAGCGACUACAGCGAUGCUUUCUCUGAUGUCGACGAGGACGACCUGAGCGACGUGGACCUGGAUCUAUAG